AUGCUUCUUACACCCGAAGAAUCAAUUCAGAUACAAAAUAGAAUUGGAGCAGAUAUUAUUAUGGCUUUGGAUGAUGUCGUAAAGACCACCAUUACUGGUCCAAGAAUUGAGGAAGCUAUGUAUCGAACGCUUAGAUGGAUAGACAGAUGCAUAACAGCCCACAAGAGACCUCACGAUCAGAACUUGUUUGGUAUUGUACAAGGUGGUUUAGAUCCUGAGUUGAGGGACAUCUGUGUCAAAGGUUUGGUAGACCGCAACUUGCCUGGCUAUGCUAUUGGUGGUCUUGCAGGAGGCGAAGACAAAGAUUCGUUUUGGCGAGUUGUUGCUCAGUGCACUGCUGCUUUGCCAGAGGAUAAACCACGAUACGUUAUGGGAGUUGGUUAUCCACUUGAUAUUGUUGUUUGUAGUGCUUUGGGUGCAGACAUGUAUGAUUGUGUCUACCCCACCCGUACAGCACGUUUUGGGACUGCCCUUAUUCCUGAGGGAGUACUAAAACUAAAACACAGAGCCAUGGCUGAUGAUACUCGACCAAUUGAUCCUACCUGCCCUUGUAUGGUUUGCAAGAACUACACCAGGGCCUACAUCCAUUGCCUUGUCACUAAAGACGCCAUGGGGUCUCAGCUUCUAUCAUAUCAUAAUUUAUAUUACAUGAUGCGGCUUAGCAGGAAUUUACACACAUCAAUAGUUGAGGGAAGGUUCCCAAAGUUUGUAUGUGACUUUUUACAAACAAUGUUUCCCAAAGGUGAUGUUCCUGAAUGGGUCUGCAAUGCUAUGGAGGUGGCCGGAAUCGACAUUUCUUCCUGCUGUGCUACAUUUCCAUCAUGCCAAGAAAAGUAUUCCAGCGAUGAAAUCGGAACUAAUCGAUUUGAUAAGGUCAAAAUUGAAAUUUAACAUACACAUGGAGUUAAGGCUUACACACACAAGUUAUAGAUAAAUUUAGAAAUUUAGCCGAGCACGGAAAGCAUGCACAAAUUAGUUUACACAAUGAUUUUUUUGCAGGUUAAUGCUUACUUUGGUUCUUCCAUGUACACGCGUGAAUCAUUUUACUUGACUCGUUAAAAUCAAUGAGAACUAAAAUGACUGACGCGUGUACCUAUGGAGAUCAAAGUGAGCAUUAACCUGCUUACUUUUGGUAGCAUAAAUUUUGUAUCCUGCAUAUGCUGCUUUGAGUAAAAUUUAUUUAAAGGUUUACAGCAAAUCUUUUGUUCUUUCCAAUUCUUAUUGUCAACACAAGUGGAGAUUAGGGUUGUGUUCGUGAAAGGAAAAAGAAAUGGCGUAACAUUAUUUAAGUCUUGCUGUUUAUGUCAUGUGAUUUUAUAUCUUUUAAUUCGAACUUAAAUGAGCCUUCUUUAAGCAA